AUGGCCCGCAUCAUCGACCUCGUGCCCUGGGACGAUGGCUCCACCCACGUGUACGCAUCCCCGGCCAUCCUGCUCCCCAUUGAACGGCAGCACAACAUGCUGGCAGGUGUAAAGCAGCAGCUCUACCACCCGGUCCUGCCCACCCUGCGCCGCAUGGACAUGGACACCGUCAGGGCCUGCCUCUCCGAUGAGCACUGUCAGUCCAGCACCUACUGCCGCAAAGAUGAGUUUGACAAUGCCCACUUUACACUCCUCGGCGUCCCCAACAAGCCCCUGCAGUGCUUGGACAUCACCGCCACCGGCCAGAAGCUCCAAGACAGGUACCGCGCGGGGAAGCUGGCGCCCAUCGCGCCAGGCAUCAACCGGGUCGACUGGCCCUGCUUCACACGCGCCAUCGAGGACUGGUCCCACUUCGUGUCAUCGGCCGGCGAGUUCAAGCUGCCCUGCCCGGACAAGAGGGUCGAGAGCUUCAGUGGCUACGCAGUGCGGUACUUGAAGCCGGACGUGACCCAGAGCUGGCGGUACUGCCUCAACCAGAACCCCAGCCUGGACCGCUACGGACAGAAGCCCCUGCCUGCCGACUCCCUCAACGCUUUCCGACGCUUCGGCUCCCACUACAGUCGUGUAAACUACCUGACCCCCUGGCAUUAAUCUGUGAAAAAGAGGCUAACCCCCAGGCUGCCAGAUCAUGCCACCUUAGGCCCGGCAGUGGGACAGAGGGUAUACGGCAGCACCAUUCAUCUCCCCAGCAGUUCAGCCUGGCUAGAAAUAAACUUAAUACUCCCACAGAGGGGGGUACCCGCCCACCCCUGUGUGUCUCUGUGUGUGCGCGCCUGUGUGUGUGUGUGUGUGCGCUCACGCGCGCACGCACAUGUGUGUGUGUUGUGGGGGCUGGGGAGGGUCAGGACCUCUGGAUGAAGAACUUUGACCCUUACCUCCCCUCCCAACUACUGGGGGACUGGAGGGAGAUAUGGUGACCCCAGGUGGAGAGUCAGGGUCUGAGCCCCAAGGCCCAGCCAGGGCUGGGGUACAGGGGCAGGCCUGGGAGUGGGUUUUCCUUGUGUCCCCGUCCCCUGCUCACAGCCCCACACCUAAGCCUCCUCCACCUCAGACCCUGAAUUUGGGCCCUAAGGAGAAAGGAGGGUUAGAAAUGGAUUUUUAGAUGCCUCUCUCUGAGGCGCUCACCAUACUAGUGUGCUUUGGAGAGCCUCCCUAGGGCCCAGAGUCUCCCUGAAGGGAUGGAGGCAGACUCUGAGGGGCUGGCCAGGCCUAUUGGCUCUGUUUCCCAUGAAGCAGCAGGGUAAAGAGGCAUCAGCCUUGAUGGAGUCUCUAAGGCCAUUCAGAGAAGAAAGUUCCCUGCUCCCCAAGCCACAGCCAAUGAACAUAUCAUCUAAGCAAAAAGUUGUCUGCUCUAAAGAAGAAUGAAGAACACCAAAGACAUAAGGUAAAGAUGAGUCCAAGAGACAGAAAGGGCCACAUAAAACAGAGACUACAUCAGCCUGAGACCAGAAGAACUAGAUGGUGUCCAGCUACCACCGAUGACUGCCCUGACGGGGAACAAAACAGAGAAUCCCUGAUGGAGCAGGAGAACAGUGGGAUGCAGACCUCAAAUUCUCGUAAAAAGACCAGACUUAAUGGUCUGAAUGAGACUAGAGAGACCCCGGAAGUCGUGGUCCCCGGACCCUCUGUUAGCCCAAGACUGGAACCAUUCCCGAAGCCAACUCUUCAGACAGGAAUUGGACUGGGCUUUAAAAAGACAGAAAAUGAUACUGGUGAGAAGUGAGCUUUUUGGCUCAAUGAGACUAUGUGGGCAGCUCCUGUCUGGAGGUGAAAUGAGAAGGCAGAGGGGGACAGGAGCUGGUUGAAUCUCAUUAAGGGGAGAGCAGCUAGGAGUACAUAGCAACGUGUGUAUGAGUUUUUGUAUGAGAGACUGACUUGAUUUAUAAACUUUCACUUAAAGUACAAUAAAUUAAAAAAAAAAGUCUGCUCUACCUAUGCAGCUCCAAGACUAGCCUUCUGCCCACCAAACUACCAACCCUAAGGGCCUCCUACAAAAGGAAGGCAUGACAGCCCUGGGGGCUCCUGGGCCAGCUCCAGACUAACCCCACCCAAAGGGGCUAAGGAGAGCAUCUCCAUUCCUUAGGGCAGCCAGAUCUUAGCUCCCGGUCUUUCCUGAUACCCCAUCCCUACUCCAUCUUCCGGCAGCCUGCAGAACAGACAGGUAAAUAGCCACCAAACUGAACAACUGACUAUACAGGACUUCUGUUCCUGGGAUCUGAAGGACCCAUGGAACACCUCGAAUCAUAUGCAAAGCCACGUGUCCACUUAACAUAUUGCCGUGGAGGCGAUUCCGACUCAUAGCGAGCCUAUAGGACAGAGUAGAAUUGCCUCAUAGCGUUUUCAAGGAGUGGCUGGUAGAUUCAAACUGCCAACCUUUUGGUUAGCAGCUGAGCUCUUAACAACUGUGCCACCAUGGCUUCACAUGCAUGUGUCCACCUGCAUGUGCAUUUUCUAUGGAAAGGCUCUUGGCUUUCAUCUGGCUCUCAAGAGAGUCCGCGCCCACAAAGGUUAGGAUACCCUGGUUUAUACCCUCUCGGUGCUCUACGGCUGCUAACCAAGAGGUCAGCAGUUCGAAACCACCAGGCACUCUUGGAAACUCUAUUGGGCAGUUCCACUCUGUCCUAUAGGGUCGCUAUGAGUCGGAAUCGAUUCGACGGCAGUGGGUUAGGUUUUUUGGUUUGGGCACCUAUUGCAAACAAGGCCAGGGUGUCAGGUGGAAGGAAUUUAAAAAUUUAGCACCAGCACUCUCACUUUCAGACUCUGAGUUAUACUAUUUAGAACAUAUUCUCAUGUGAUCCAUUAUCUCCUCCAGGCCUUAUAAGCACCUUGGAAAGUGAGCAGAACCAAUGCUACUCCAUUUCACAGAUAGGAAAACAAAGGCCCAGAUCAGGGAGUUAUCUAGCCUUAUGCCAGAGUGUUGAUGGCAAAGCAGGAGCCAGAAUCCAGGACUCAAAGCAAGUCUUAGCACUUGGCACAGUGCCCACAUAUAGUGUGUGCUCAAUAUUUGUAGACUAAAUCUGUUCCCAAAAUGGUGGUCUUUCUGCUGUAUCUUGGAUAAUAAACAAGGAGAGGUGUUGUGGUGUUAUUUGAUAUGUCAGACAGAGCCUGCCCGUUAUGGAUUGCAUCCCCCAAAAAUGUGUGUCAACUUGGCUAGUCCAUGAUUCCCAGUAUUGUGUGAUUGUCCACCAUUUUGUCAUCUGAUGUGAUUUUCCUAUGUGUUGUAAAUCCUACCUCUAUGAAGUUAAUGAGGCUGGGUUAGAGGCAGUUAUGUUAGGGAAGCAGGGCUCAAUCUACAAGAUUAGGUUGUGUCUUAAAUCAAACUCUUUCGAAAUAUAAGAAUCUAGCAGUUAGCAGAGAGACAAGGGGACCUCUUACCACCAAGAAAGGAGCACCAGGGGCAUAAUGUGUCCUUUGGACCAGCGUGGCAGGGGGGUCCCUGCACUGAGAAGCUCCUAGACCCAGGGGAAGAUUGAUGACAAGGACCUUCCCCAAGAGCUGACAGGCAGAAAAAGCCUUCCCCUGGAGCUGCACCCUGAAUUCAGACUUCUAGCCUCCUUGACUGUGAGAGAAUAAAUGUCUUCGUUAAAGCCAUCCACUUGCGGUAUUUCCGUUACAGCAGCACUAGAUGACUAAGACAUUUCCUUACAGA